AGCCCUGGCAGGUGGCCGUGCUGGACAUGUACAAACUGUACUGCGGGGGAGUCCUGGUGGCGCCGAGAUGGGUGGUGACAGCGGCGCACUGCACCACACCUGGGGUGACCACGGUGUCCCUGGGCAAGCACCGCCUGUACGCGCGCGAGGCGGGCGAGCAGCGCCGCAUGGUGGCCCGCAUGGUGGCCCACCCGGGCUACGACCCGUCCACCAAGGACAACGACAUCAUGCUCCUCAAGCUGCUGUCCCCCGCCUCCAUCUCCGACCGCGUCCGGCCCAUCCCGGUGGCCUCGUGCCUGCCCCAGCCCGGCACCACCUGCAUCACCUCGGGAUGGGGGGCCACCACCUCACCUGAAGUGACGUACCCGGAAGUCCUGCAGUGUGUCAAUGUCACGCUCUUCUCCCCGGCCGAGUGUCGCCGUUUCUACCCCGGCUCCAUCACCGACAACAUGAUCUGCGCCGGACACCUGCAGGGGGGGCAGGACUCCUGCCAGGGCGACUCCGGCGGGCCCCUGGUGUGCGAGGGCACCUUGCAGGGCAUCGUCUCGUGGGGCAUGGAGCGCUGCGGGCAGCCGCGGCGCCCAGGUGUCUACACCAAGGUGUGCCGCUACGCCCGCUGGAUCCACGACACCAUGGAGGACACCUGAGGGACACCCGAGAGGGCUCCUGGGGUGGCACCCGGCGUGGGGCCACCGCGCCAUGGAGGACACCUGAGGUGGCACCUGAGGUGGCACCUGGGGUGGAUCCAGGAGACCAUGGAGGACACCUGAGGGACACCUGAGAGGGCUCCUGAGGUGGCACCUGAGGUGGAUCCAGGAGACCAUGGAGGACACCUGAGGUGGCACCUGAGGGGACAUUAAAGAUGUGCCGGGGA